AUGGUUACUGACUCGACCACCUCCAUCUAUAAUCUGGUUCCACUUUCUGCCAUGGCCGCCAAAUGCUUGUGGAUAUGCUUCAAUGGAAGUAGCAGAGGCGAAAGUUUCUUUCGGUUUCCUUUUGUUUUAGAGCUCCGAAAUCAGAAUAGAAUCUCUGAAUACAUGACAUUUAAUUUGAUAAAAGGCUACAACAUGAAUGAACAAAUUAAGAUUAACCUUGAUUUGUGUUUCAAUUAUAGCCAGCGCUUUGUCGGUGCCGUUAACGGAGUUCUUGUACUGGGAAUCAUUGCUUCUUUCACUGCUCUUGUGUCUGUUGCAAGUGGAGGCCUAGAGUGGGAUGCUCUUCUGAAAGCCAACUUUGCAGCUGUUCCUAUGAGUAUACCAAUAUUUGCACUGUCAUUUGUUUACCAGAAUGUUGUCCCAGUUCUCUGCACAAAUCUUGAAGGAGACAUGUCAAAAGUAAGGACUGCUAUUUUUCUAGCAACUGCAAUUCCACUUGGUUUAUUUCUUGUGUGGAAUGGUGUUAUUUUAGGAUAUAUUUCGAAUUCAGAUCAGAUGAUAGAUCCAUUGCAACAAUUGCAAUCUAGUAACGGAGUUGUUGGACCAAUAGUUGAGGUGUUCUCACUUCUUGCCAUUGCAACAUCUUAUAUUGGAUUCAUUUUGGGCCUUUCCGAUUUCCUGGCUGAUUGUGAGUUUUCCUUCACCAUUGAUCUCACGUAA